CAGCCUCCCUGUUACGCAAUCCCUGCAGAAGCCCUGCAGCGGUCCGACAGGAAGGAAAAGCUUCUGGCUCAGAACCAAAAGUGAUUCUGCUGCUUUUCUCUGGAAAGCCACGUGAUUUAGAGGAACUCCUCCUGAUCUCACCCUCAGCUCUGCAGACGGGAACAUGGAGACAGGAAAACGCUGCUGGGUUCAGACCUGCUGGCUGGUUCUGUGUCUCCUCUCCACGUUCUGCGGAACUUCUGCUCAUUCUGAAGACAUCCGCGAUGUGUGCAACAUCCAAGGAAGCAGCAGCAGAGACUCAAAGUGGUGCUCAUCUUCAGCCAGACAAGGGACCGAUGUGGACAUCUAUGAAGCCCUCUGGGUGGAGAACCUGGAUCUGGUGGAGCAGAUCCUGCAGCUUCCCUUCCUGCAGCACAUGCAGCGCGGCGACCUGCCGGCUGACAGCUACAUCAACUUCAUGAUGCAGGACAUCUACUACCUGGUGACCGUCACAGACAUGUUGGAGGAGAUGAGCAGGAGGGUGGAGGAACCUCCCGACCUGAAGGAGUUCCUGGUGGAACGACACCAGAGCUACAAACGUUCCAGCACUCGGAUGCUGCAGAAGUUCAACCUGAAAGGUGUGUCUGACAUCAAAGUGAUCCCUGCCAUGAAAAGCUACCUGGAUGAAUACCAGAGGGUGAUGGAGGAGGAGGAGGCCAUCAUGAUGGCUGCCAGCCUGAUGCCCUGCUCCACGCUCUGGGUUUGGCUCGCAAACCAACUCCACAUCGACUACGACAACGCCUACUGGAUCUGGAAGAAGAACAACAUGUACAGGAACCCUGAAAAACAUUACAAAGAUCUGCUGAACAAACACCUGAAGGACGACAAGAAAAUCAAACGCGCCAAAGAAAUGUUCCGUAAACAAAUGCAGAGCGAGCACGACUUCUUCAAAGCUUUGGUGCCAAACUGAACAUCAGAGCUCCGUCUGGGUAAAAACGCAGAUUUCUGCUAAAGUCUCAUGACAGUGUGAACUUUGAUGUGUUGAUCUUUUGGUUUUAUGAUUAUAGACUUUGUGGGUAAUCUGUCCCGUUAAUAUUUAGCUUUGGCUGUGAAGGCAUAGCCGAUGCUGGAAGUCAGAGCAACACUGACGGAUACUUUGCUCUCAUAUUGAGAAUAUUUUAAUAAAAGA